UCUCAGUAUUGCUAAAGAUAUGAACAUCAUUUUUUAAAUAACAUUAAACAUGGCUAUUUGAAAAUUGUACAAAAUGGUUACAAUAAACCCCAGAACGAAUACACCUAUUUCAUCUUCCUGAUCAAUACUAAAAGUGUUGAUCGAAUAACUGGCUGCCCAUAUGUACAGGUUAGUGACAUCCGAUUUACCACUGGAGGUUUUAGAGGGAGCCAUGUGAACUUUAUUAACCUACUCAGUUUAAGGAACCAUCGCUAUCACGUUGUUGUUCGAUAUAAAAACACAAAAGGAACACGAAGGAAACGCGAGGUUAUGACAAACUUAUUAUGCUGCUCAACUGCCAUCAUCAUCUGCCUCAUCACAACAUGGGGAAUCGGUCAAGAAUAAGACGCUUCUUGCUUCGUCUAUGUGAGAGCACCAUGGAAAAGAAGGAGUCGAGUACAAGACGCCUUUUCCGUCAUAUACGUGAGGGCGCCUUGGACAACCAAGGAGAUGGUGUUUUGCCGCCCAAGAACAACUGGGCACAGGACGUAAUCAGCGGACCCUCGAGUGAGGUAGAGCCUUGGCAGCAAACGGGUGUGGGUGCUGCUCGUAUUUCGAACACACAAAACCAGCAAGCCACCUCUUCCCGAAGUUAUACUAAUUCUGCGACUUACACCAUUUGUAUUGAACCAUUGAACUCUAUCAAAGACUCGAAAGAGUUUCAUAGAACUGAUAACAACCGAUCUCGUGCUUAUACAGUACCAACAACAUCUACUCAUCAACAAACCAAUCGUAGUCACAGUACAAGCGCAAUGACUGAACGACCUCUGGAACAAAUCCGCAAGGAAACAAAGGCAGCUCAUAGAGCGCCGCACCUGCGCAAGCAUAACAUCACUCCAACAGAUAUGAUCGACUCCCUCGACAACAUCACAGGAAUGUCUUACCACCAUGACGGACCCUACGACGCUACACUAGCAUCUCGGAAUAAGAAUCCGAAGUACGCGCCAGUUGAAGCUGUCAAAGUUGGCAACAUGGAAGCACUGAAAGCGACGCCAUAUGAGCGCGUGCAGGACUCAUUGACAAAGCACGUCCCACUGCAGGGAACUGCUAUCAUUCCCCCUGGCGAGCAGGACAUCUCGGGUCGCACAAUGAACUACGAGGAAGGCGCCGACCUUAUGAGGGAAGACGACGCUCCGGGUGGACCAUACCGCAGAUGGAAAGAUUAUGACUUUCAAUACCAUCCAGAUGACUUGAAGGGCAAGGGAGAGCCAUCUUUCACUAUUGAGCGUCAGCUCAAGGAACGCAAUCGUGUUGAAGGUGAUUUUGGUACUGGAAUCUACGAAAUGCAGCCUGGUGUUGGUUCCGCAAAGGGCGAAAAUGCCAAUAUUACCGUACGACAACGUCCCACUUCUUCGGCUGGGCCCUCGUCUCCUAUAGCGACCGGCUCUGGUGUCAAUAGAAGCAACACUACAGGAAAGCGUUUGUCAGACGGUCUGAAGCGACGAAUUGGUAGUCUGAGAAGGAAGGAUCCCGAGUAUUAGCUGCGACUUUUUUGUGUCAUGGUCUGAAAUGGGCGAGCCAUGUUGCAGGUCUGCGUUUUGGGAUCACAACAUUUCUUAUGAUGAGGGUAUGAACUCCAGGGCUGUAUCACUAAGUAAGUGAUGAGUAUGGGUAUAGAUGGUGUUACGGGAGUUAUUUUUGUAUACUGCAGGGCAUUUUGUUUGUUUGGCCAUGAUGACUUGUAUUUCUUGAGUAUAGAAACGUGCACAUACCCUGGUCAAGCACUAACUGGAAAGGUUUCCUGGCAUUGGAAAUUACGAGUACAUUCGCAAAUGUUUUUGUCAAGUUAGGGACUUACCGAUGAGUGCUGUGUAUUAACCUGUCUGUUAAAAUUGUGUACCAUCUCAAGGACGACACCAUCAUCGUGAUGAAGCCAUGUGAGCGAUUGGUAUAGCGUAUCAAUCAAUGCCACUAAGAAUAAAUCUAAGGCAGG